GGAGCUUUCUUACAAAUACAAAUCCAAAUAUAUAAAUCCAUAUACAAACGCUCCACGAACCACAACAAAUUGAGAGGCAAAAUUACAACCAAGUGUACAUGUACUAUUUACAAAGCCUUCUAAAAGACGAUAUUCGACAUAUGAACAUGUCAGCAUCUGCAAUCAACAUGCGUAUGUCUCUUUCUCUACUUCAAAGUUCCUUGCCCCAUUUGGAGUGAGCAAGUCAUUGAUCUUGAAACUAGCUACAUCGGCCACCAGCGCAAACAUGGGCGUAGAUCUUAAACCGACUGGCGAAGUUUCUGCAAAGCCCAAGCCAUGCUGUGUAUGUAAAGAUGAGAAAGCUGCUCGAGACGAAUGUAUGCUAUUCAGCACGGCCAAGGAUCCGCAAGUAGCUUGCGCAAGUAUGGUGGAAAAAUACAAGAGUUGUAUGGCUGGCUUUGGGUUCAAUUUGCCAUGAGUCAAUGGCGAAGACCGCCUGUACGAUAUUAAAGGAUUACAAUGGAGUUUGGGCAUUGCAACGGCGUUAUAUGGCGGGAUUUGAUAAAUGUAAUGGGCCA